AUGGAAGACGACGACGAUUACGGCUCCGACGAGUUCGACUCCCUGCCACCGGGGACGUUGUAUGAACUGGAACAGAAUGCGUUCCAAGCAACUCAGGCGUCAGCCUCACAGUACCACCAAAAGCCCAUAAAGAGCAACCCCGUGCUACGCACUCAAGCAGUGCCAUUAAGCAACAAUACUGGAUCGCUGAGACCGCCGCCUCGCCUACACACCGGAUUGACGAACGAUUACAAUACACUGGAGGUGGGGGAAUUGGAAGCCGAGGUGUACGAUAAUGUCGAUAAACCACAUGUCACUCCGCAUGGUCAACAUGUACUCGCGACGAAUGCUAGCUUUGCGGUCAACGAGCAGCUGGGCGAUGCCAUGGAUGUGGACGAGUACUAUGGGCAAGGGAACGCCGCCGCUGAGAUCAAUGCACGCCUAGUUCAGAUGGAGCAAGAAAGAGAACAAAUGUUACAGGAGCUAGCCGAAGCGAGGAUGCAAGUCGAAACGAAAUCCGGGGAAAUUUCGAUCAUUCGAAGGAAGCAAGCGACCAUGACCCAAGACUAUGACCGGCAAAUAGCUUCUCUACGAAAAUCCAUGGCCGACGAAAUGGCGAAACAUAAGCAAGAGAUUGAGGCGGUCAUGUCCGAAGGCAAGGUAUUGGCGACGGAGAAUGUAUUUCUUCAACACGAUCUCGUGGAUGAAGCCUACCAGCUUCGAAACUACAAGUCCAAGCAUCGCGAGGUGGAAGCCCCAGUGACUCCUCGGAAGUCCCGGGUGCUUCCCUUCCGUGACGGAUUUGACGAUGAUGAAAUUGCCAUGGUGUCGCCCAGCAAGUCUGCAGCACGCUCUAAGCGAGCCACGCCAACAGUUCCAGGAAAACGUAAACGGCAAUCAAGCCAAGAUGGCCCUACGCCACUGCAGCUGAACCCUGCUGGUGUGGAGCUUAUUAUGGCUGAUGCGAUUGAUACUCCGGCCGAAGUUGACGAGGUAAAGCGCAAGUCUACAGACACGGGUCGCAAUCAUCAGCGAUUUAUGAUGCGACUUUUGAGCCACCGUACGCAUCCCAACGAAGAAACCGAUUUCGAAGCCAUGGCCAAGCUUGCAUUUCCCUCGGAACCGCAUCGACCCAUGUCCAGCAUCCUUAUGGAGGUCAUGGCUAGUGUCGACCCGAGCAGGUACGUAUUAGAAUACACGCAAACGAUUGCCUCGCUAUGGCAGCGCGCCAUCAACGAGAAGUUCUAUGAGCCGAUCCCCCGAUUCGAAGCUAUCACAAAAUAUAGUUUGAUGUCGGAUGACGUCCUACUCUCCGAACUGAUCACACCUUUAGUUGGAGUCUUGCAAGACACUGUGGAAGUGAAUGCAGUUCCUCGCUUCAAGUACGCCCCAGCAUCACGAGAUAAACGAAUUACUCGACAGACACCACAAUCAGAUCUGCAGCCCCUGGUCGACUCAACUAAGGCCAUGCGUCUACUUUACCAAAUCGCCUGCGGAGUAUUGCACAUCAAAAGUGCAAUGGAGACAUUCUGGCAAAAUAUCCGGAUCUCGUUCAUUCUCGUGAUGCUGCACCCAUCACAUCCACUGGGUGACAUUGUGCUUUUGAUGAAUCUCCUGUCAACGAGUAUUCGCGCAGACUCCUUUGGUCCGAUUAGAACCUCUGAUCAGGACCAAUUGGACGUGCAAAAGUGGAUUGUGGACCGCCUCACGCACAUGCUGAGCGAGCCCGCGAUACCGGACGAAGGGGUAGAGCCAUACACCGCAUACGACAUUUGCGCGAUGCGCCUCGAGGUCCUGCUGCUGCUAGAGUCGCUGGCAUUCAAUCCUAUGGCCCCAUCCCAAAAGCAUGCCAGUACGAUCCUCGCAUUGCACCCGAAUGCGCUCGCUCGUUUAUUCCGGUCAAUGUACGAUGAGCUGGAUGCACUUUACUCCUCCCCGCCAGAGUCAGCCCUGCGCGUUGCGCUGGUCAACGGCCUUAUGCGGCUGGUCUUCGGGGUCAUGCGGCAACAUGGCCCCUUGAUCAAUAUGCAAGAGAAGCUGGCGUGUGUGCCUGGUAGCAAACAGAAACAUCUCGUCGUGUUAACUCGCUUGGCGUUUUGCGAUGGGACUGUGCUGGAGGCAGGCAUCGAUGAUGAGACCGUUGAUAUGGCGCACGAGCUACUGGAGGAAUGGACUAAUCCCCAAGAAGCAGAGUCACUAGCGGAGGCGUUCCCAAGUUCUAGGAGAGAGUGA